GAUAAAACACAUGUACAUAAAGGUUUUCUGGGUUUAUGACUAACUGUAAGCAAGCCAGUGCAUACAAACAGCAUGGAGAUGGAAAAUGUUUACAUGAACACACCAAUAAAGAGACCGUUGGAGAAAGAGAACAAAAAAGAGAAUAUUUGCUCUUCAGGUGUUCCCAUUCCAAAGCCAGUCACUGCAAGUAACACACUGAAUCAAGAUGGAGAAUGUUCAGACAACUCAUUGUAUUUACCUACGAAGAAAACGAAGAAGGAGGGACCUGCAAAGCUUCUUAUCAUACUUGUCAUUUUCCUAACGAUCUGCCUUGUGAUGAUUAUAGCACUCUUUGUAGUGGGAUAUCGCAAAUAUAUUGCACUGACUGAUGAAAUUAUAAAGUUGGAGAAGAAAGCAUCAUCCGAAAUUUCUGAACUAAAAAAUAUAAGCAUUGCAUUGACUGAAGAAAUUGCAAAGAUGAGGAAGCAAACAUCGUCCCAGGUUUCUGAUCUACAGACUAAAAGUGAUGGUCAAGCCAAGAACAUCAAGGACCUACAGAGUGACAGCAAAAUCCUCUCUAAUACAUUGUGCAAGAAGACGUCUGCCAAUAAAAGUGGUUUUUCUUGCUCUCCCUGCUCGAGCACAUGGAAGCCAUACAGAGAAAAAUGUUACUUCUUUUCUAAUGAGACUGGAAACUGGAAUACUGCUUAUAAGAAAUGCAUAGCUGUGAAGUCAGAGCUUGUUGUCAUCAAUGAUGGAGCAGAGCAAGAUUUUUUGAAGCGCUCCCUUGCAAAUAAAACAUAUUUCAUUGGACUCAGUGACCAGAGUGUAGAAGGCAAAUUUCAGUGGGUGGAUGGCACUGACUUUUCUGCAACAGAUAAGUUCUGGGCCAUAAGCCAACCAACCAACAAGACAACAGCAUCAAACGAUGACUGCGUUGUUUUGCAAGCAAACGGAAUGUGGCUUGACACUCGGUGCUCAGUACAGCAUAACUGGAUCUGUGAGAAGGCAUCAGUAGGGUAUUUUGGAUGACGAGUACGUGUGUUUUCUUUUAAACAGUCUGCUGUCCCUGAUCAGAAAUAGUGACACACCUAGCAUACCUUAGUUGGGUGAUAGGUACUGGGACAUGUCUCUUGGUCACGCAUGAGCUUUUCAAAUAUCAGUGGCUGUAGUUUUAAUACAGUAGGCUGUAGUAGACAUUUCAAAUGUUUUAUUUGGUUAUUUAUUUAUUUCAUUUACAAAAUUCUAAACCUGUUAAGUACUGCGUACAAAAAUAAUAAUAAAUUAGUGCAUCAUAUUUCAGGGUCAUAGCUAUAUAAAAGUAAUUCUGCUUUUGUAUAAGAUAAUUAUAAAUUAUUAUUUGUGUCCCUGAAUGAGCUCCCUUGGACUUUUCCCAGCGGCUACUAGUAGAUGUUCUGUUCCUUUUUAAUACAGUGAUGACACAUUCUUAAGUUUGAAAUAUUCAUGUAUUUGCAUUGGUCUAAAUGAAAGAUUGUCAUCUUCUUGGAGUUCAAGAAGAAUGUUAUUUUCGACCAAGAUUAUAUUAUAAAUAAUAUAUUUUUCCAAAUAUGGCAUCAACUGCUUAGCAUUGGGAUGUAUAAACAAAUGCUGAAAAUAUCCCACAGGGCUAAUAUUUAAUUCAACAUCUAUUUGACACGAACAUGUAAAAAAUGAAUAAACUUUUAUAUUUUA